AUGUUAGAUCCAUGGCGUUGGUUUAUGGCUUGGUAUGAUAUUGUGCCAUUAUCAAGUAUGAUAACAAUAUUAGAAAAAUGCUUUUCUCCAAAAUGGCUUCAAGUACUUCAUAUUUGGUUAAAUAAUAAUCCAAAUAAUCAAGAAAUUCAACAAUGGUAUAGUGAAGCUUUAAUGAUGAUUGAUCGAAGAAUAUCAGGAACAUUUAAUGUUCAACAAAUAUCUCCAUCUGAACCAUAUGUAAAUAUUAACUAUGAAGCAGUUAAUAAUCACGGUGUUGCAGUAUCAUCAUCACGUAUUAUUUCAUCAUUUCAGGAUCUUGUUGAAAAGGAAGCUAUUAAACAUGAUAAUGUAUUUCUACCAAUACCAAAUUGA